AUGCAACCAAAAAACAAUCGUCAAAUAUCAAUGCCCAAUCCUCCGGACCAGCUAGACCAGUCAUUGAAACGUCACACAUCCCAGACCCAGGGCUCUAACGUGGGUAACAUCAAACGUCAACGCAUUUCCAUCGACAAAUCAUCUCAGCAGCUCCCCUACAGUGACGUUGCCCAAACCCCAGGGUCUAGUUCUACCCUUGUUGAUAAUCCUCAAUCGACCAACGGCGACACAAUCGCUUCUUCAUACACCUCGUUGGACCCUUCUUCGCGAGAAUCCCAAGACCCUUAUGACGACCCUUACGAUGAUCCAGAGUUCGAUCAAGUCUUUGAGAGCCUCACUGAACCCAAUUUUAUCGACAAGUCAGGAACAUCACCGCUUUUAGUCGACAGUGAUGAAUUUGCUCUAAAACAAUCAGACCAGGACGCCUUGGCGGAGUUUCUAGAGGAAGAAACCUAG